AUGGAAAAUUUCGAAUUAUUAAUGUCCUAUCGAUAUUUCAUUAGUGAUCUAUGUCAAAUGAUUAAACGAACUUAUGAUGAACAAUGUGAACGACGUCCAUCAAUGGUAUUUCGAGCAGAAUGGAUUGAUCAAUGUCAAUUUGAUAGCUUGAAAACAGCAUCAACCGAAAAAGGACAUUUAAUAUCAAUGAAUGGAUUUAUAUCAACGACUACGGAUCGAGCGAUUUCUAAUUUAUAUGCUAAUAAGCCAUGUUCACGACCGAAUGUUGUACCAGUUGUUUAUGAAAUUACCAUUGAUCCAUCAAGAUCAUGCACAGAAUUUGCUUGCAUCGAAGAUAUUUCUUAUCAUCCAGAAGAAAAAGAAGUUCUAUUUAGUAUUGGUGCAGUUUUUUCAAUUGAUUCUAUAUGUGACCCUGUCGAACCGAAUCAUUUUUAUACGGUUCAAUUAAUAGCUUGUGAAUAUAAUGAAUCAGUAAUUGAUGAUAUGAAAUUAAAACUACGAAAAUAUACACAAGCAGAAUUAUAUAUAUUAUUAAUUAAAUAUUUAAUUGAACUGGAACAAUAUCGUACAGUUAGAAAAUCAUUAAUUAAUUUAUUAGAUAAUAAACAUGUACUCGUCAAAGAUGACUCAUCAUUAGCAGCAGCGUAUAAUUGUAUGGGUGCAAUUUAUUCUCGGCAAAAAUUAUUCGGCGAUGCCAUGCUAUAUUAUAAACAAGCAUUAAAAUAUCAAGUGCGACUUGAUUCAUCCAACAACAAUGCGCUAGCAGAAUGCUACAAUAAUAUCGGUUCAGUUUUAUUGGAACAAAAAUAUUAUUAUGAGGCCUUAGAAAAUUUUGAGAUAGCACUUCGAAUUCAAAACUGUGAACCAAUUGGCAAACAACAUUUGAUAACAAUUUAUACAAAUAUGGGACGUAGUUAUACAUCGAUAGAGAACUAUAAUGAAGCAGAAAAAUGUUUCGAUAAAACGGAGCAAUUAAUUCAACAAGAUAAAAAAGAAAUUGCAUAUGAUGCUCUUGAGAAACGUCUGAUAGAAGCGGAUGCUAUAUUUUACGCAUUUUUAUUUAAAGAACAACGUGAUAGGACAACAAAUCCCCACUAUUAUUCGAACAAUCAUUACCUAUAUGCUGAUGGUUAUGAUAAUGCAAGCAAAAUUUAUGAAAAUAUUUUGCCAUUUGCGAAUACGAAAUUAAUAAAAAUAACGAAAUAUCGUAUUCUCACCAUGUAUGUCGCUUACAAAAGUGAAUAUCUUAUAUGGAACGUUUCGUUUACAAAUCUUACUAACCUACAACCGUUAGCAAGUCACACAAGUGAAUUAGAAUUAUUAAAUUUAUUGGGCAGUUUCUUUGUCAAUAAGACACUGUAUGAUAAUAAACGUUACGAUCUAGCAAUGCAAUGUUGGAAAAAUACUGUUCGACCAAUGUUCUAUUUAAAUAAUAACGAUGAUGUUGUUAAUAAUUUUGUGUAUGAAUCUUAUAACAUAGCUGUUGCAUAUUUUAGAGAACAAGAACCAACAUCACAAACUAUAUUCAGUCUUGGUAUAUUGUUCGCUCUAAAAGGUGACAUAGAUGAUGCAAUUUCAUAUUUAACUCAAACUAGUUUGAACGAUAGAAGCGAUCGUCUUAUUUGUUCGAUUUUGCUUGGUAAUCUACAUGUUUUGGAAAAGAAGUUUUCAGUGGCUGUCGAACAUUAUUCUUCAGCAUUACAGUUUGUUGAUGAAAAUGAUCAAUAUAUGAAAAUUGAACUUUAUUUGGCUUUAGCUGACUGUGAUAAAGUUAAUGGCUUACAAACAUUACAAAAUCUUGAAAACGAUAUGAAACAAUACGGUAAUGAAUUAGAUGAUGACAUAAUUAAAUUAAGAUCAAUUAUCUAUCAAAAAAUUGCUUAUGAACUAAUUAAAAAUACACAAUAUGAUAGUGCAUUAUCCUAUGCCGACAAAGCUGAAAGUUUAAAAUUAAAAUAUUUAUCAAAUAAUCAUCCAGACUUAGCUAAAAGUUACAUUUUGAUUGGUAAAAUUUAUGCAGAAAAACAAAAUUAUCGACAAGCACUUGAACAGUAUGAAAAAGCAAAUGAAAUUCAACAUGUUAAUCUGUCGAAUGAUCAUAUGGAUAUUGUGAAACUAAAACUUGAAAUUGGAUAUAUACAUUGUCAAAUGAAAAAGUUCGAUAAAUUGCCACAAAGUUUUCAUGAAAAAAUAGAAUUCUAUUCACAAAUAGAAUACUGGGCAUCAGCUAUAAAGUUUUAUCAUUUUGCUAGUGAAAUCUUUGAAAAGGAACACAAAUACGACGACGCUUAUCAAUAUGAAUUCAAUUCAGUUCUUAUUCGGCAAUAUCAAUGGCCUGAAGAUUUGGUUGUAGAAUUGUUGUAUGCAAAUACUGAAGAACUUCAUACAAUAGAAGAACUGAAACAGCUAUUACCAACUUCAAAAGUACAAUUAAAGACUAUUCUACAAAAUUUCUAUCAUGUUUUUACACAAUGCAAAGUAAUACUUGAACGGCAGCAAGCGACUAAUAACUCGGAUUCAGAUAAACUAAAAGACUGCAAUGAUAAAUUACGCAAUGUAAAAACAUUAUUGUUCUUAUUAUGGUCAAGUGAAGAGAAACAAAAGUAUGUUAGUGAUGAUCUUGUGAAUGGAGAUGCUGAGUGGCAAUUGGUUUUUAAUCGCGAAACUGUGUUUUAUGAAAUAGAAUAUAAAUUUGAAUUUUUGCUGAGGACCAAAGCAUCCAUAUCACUUGAUAUUUUUGAAAAAGAAAAAGAUAUUGCUCAAUUUCUUUCGAUAUUUCUGUAUGAUUUAUUCGCAUACUAUAAAUUUGAAAAUAUUGAUGAAAAGGCUAUUGAAGAUAUCCCCAAGAAUUUUAAUGAAAAUAGUGAUGAAUGUGUUGAUGAAAAUACUGAUAAAAAUGUCGAUGAAAAACGUGAACAAAAAUCUUCUCAACAUGUUGAAAAUCUUCUACGAGAAUAUAUUAAUUAUGGAAAAGAAUGCGUUCGAAUAAACAACCUUGUUGACGCAGCCAAAAUAUUUAUACGAGCAUUGGAGGUAUGCGAACAUUUUUUUAAACUUUUACAUCGUCCUAUUGAUAAUAACGACGACUAG